GAAAGAAGCACAUCUUCCACAACAUCUGUUGACUAAUUUGAGGAGGACUUUCUCUGGUUGGAUCCAACUCAGCUCAGCAUGUCAUUUCACUGCCUCAACAUGGAGGCGUAGCUCAAGAACUGGUGCAGCUACAAUUACUGGUGGUUUCUUAGAUCUCAUUGACGACAAUAAUAUACCUGCAAGACCUCAACCGGGGGGCAAGCAAUUCUUUCCUGAUACUUCAGCUAGCAGUGCUGGAGCAGACACCUCCAGCACUCUCGAACCAAGGCAGUCUCUUCCUGUUCAGGCAAUGGAGAUGUCAAAUGCUUCCGACCCAGAUCGAAUUCCCUCCUCCGUCUUUACAAGGACUAAAUCAACAACACAAAAAGAUUGGAGUGUGGCCUCCAAUGAGUCUUUAUUUAGCAUCCAUGUAGGAAAUUCUAGCUUGUCCAGGGACCAUGUCCUUGGCCCAGUGGAACACCUGCCGAUGUCCACUGAUUCAGGCCUGAACCGGGCCGGAAUCGAUGCAGAGCAGGUUUCGUUGGAGCUGACUGCUGCAGCGGCAGCAAAUGCUGAGGCCAUGAAGGAUGUCUUGCCGGAACAUGCAGAGGAACAUGCUAAAAAAGAGCAGCAUUCAGCUGAGGAGGGUUCAACAUUGCCCACUAACUCAUUAUACCGCUCGGAUGAAUCAUUUGCCUUCCCGAUAUUGACAGGUGAAAGAAGUGGUGGCUCAUUAAAGGCGGAACCUGGACAAUCGCCGCAGGUAGAUAAGGGAGAGCAGCUUCCACUGCAGACUGGGACCCCAAAAGCAGCUCCUGCUGCAGGAGAGAAAAGAUGGUUCUCAUGCUUUUCUUGUGGCUCAUGCUGUUGAGAAGGGUUUCUGCUCAACGCACAAGAAGAGAUUUUUCAGCCUUCCUAACCGAGUGGAGAUCAAGUGUAGAAAAAGCAUAAGGUAAUCAUCAGUUCCUCAUGUGAAUAACUUUUAUAGAGUGAGUUGGGAAGUAGCCUCACAAUUCAUAAAAAUUGGAAGAAAGUUCACAUGAAAAUUGUCGGAAGGAGGCCUUGAUCUGUUGCAGUUUGUACCAUCCUACAUCUAAUCUUUUUAAUGAUCGAUGUUAAUGUUAGGAUCUGCACUUCAACUUGUUUCUGUAUCCAUUGCCUUUUAUUUAUGUAAAAUAAACGAUCUAGUGCUUAAGGUUCCUUCUAAUAUGGAGUUUAGUAUAAGGUUCCUUCAAUA